AUGUCUUCUAAGAGUAAAGAUUUAUCAAUAAGUUCAGGGUCUUCUAUAAAAUCCAAUUCUGGUUUUUUGAGAAAUAGAUUAUCAAAAAUAGCAUUUGUAAAGAAUAGUUUACCUAUUAAACAAAAAAAUAUAUUUAAGAAUAGCGAUUUUAAGAGACGUUUUGUACAAUAUAAAAGAGUCGUUUUUGUUUUUGGUAUAAUUGUUGGUGCUGUUAUGGCUGGAAUAUUUAUUAAACGAUCAAAUAUUGUUGAAUUUGAUUGGGAGUAUCUUUUAGGCUUUACUGAUAUUGGAGAUUUUAUGGAAGAGCUACGUAAUAUUCUUCCUGCUUCUGUAUUUGAUGAUGCUAGAAAAUUAUCAUAUUAUGAUAAGAAUUCUGAUUAUGAAGCUUUUUUUGUUGGAAAUCGUUUACGAGAACAAGGAUAUAAGCCACAUUUUCAUGUUGUUAUAGUUCCUGGUGUUAUAUCUACGGGUUUAGAAAGUUGGUCUACAACUAAUUGCUCUUUACCUUAUUUUAGAAAACGUUUAUGGGGAAGUUGGACUAUGCUUCGUGCUAUUUUGAUGGAUAAAAAGUGUUGGGUUAGUCAUUUGAUGCUUAAUGAGACCACAGGGCUUGAUCCUGAAGGCAUAAAGCUUCGUGCUGCUCAAGGAUUAAGUGCUGCUGAUUUUUUUGUAACUGGAUAUUGGAUAUGGAAUAAGAUUAUUGAAAAUCUUGCUGCUAUUGGUUAUGAUCCUAAUAAUAUGUUUAGCGCUGCAUAUGAUUGGAGAUUAUCUUUUCUAAAUCUUGAAGAAAGAGAUCAUUAUUUUACUAAGUUAAAGUCUUCUAUUGAAAUUGCUAAGGCUACAUCUGGGAAAAAAUCAGUUAUAAUAUCGCAUUCUAUGGGUAGUCAGUUAACAUUGUGGUUCUUAAAAUGGGUAGAAGCAUAUGGCUAUGGUAAUGGCGGAGAAUCUUGGGUAAAUGAUCAUAUCGAAGCAUUUAUAAAUAUUUCAGGAUCGCUUUUGGGUACUCCAAAAGCUGUAACUGCGUUACUUUCUGGUGAAGUAAAAGAUACUGCACAAUUGAAUGCGAUUUCUGUUUAUGGAUUGGAGCGUUUUUUUUCAAGAUCUGAAAGAGUACAAUUGCUUAGGAGCUUACCUGGACUUGCUUCAAUGCUUCCAAAAGGUGAAAAUGUUAUAUGGGGAAAUGCGACAUGGGCUCCUGACGAUAUGUAUAUACCAAAUGUACGAAACGUUUCAUUUGGUUCUUUUAUUAAUUUUCGGAGAAAUUCCAAAAUAUCUAAUUUAAAAAAUUUAACAAUGGCAGAUUCUAUGGAUUAUUUAAUAGCCCAAACACCGCAUACGUUUCAUAAGAUGCUACGUACAAAUUAUUCACAUGGUAUUUCAUGGACAGAAAAAGAGAUUAAAAAGAAUAAUAAACGACCUGAGAAGUGGAUUAAUCCUUUAGAAGUCAGCCUUCCGAAUGCGCCAAAUAUGAAAAUAUAUUGUUUUUAUGGGAUAUUAAGAUUUGUAUUGGUAAACCUACUGAAAGAGCCUAUUGUUAAAUUAUGUGACUGUGCAAAUAAUACUAUGGGAAUAUUUUCUAGUUUUGAUAUUUCUGCUCAAACACCAUUUAUUGAUAGUACUGUUAAUAUUAAACCUUAUACGGAAAAGGGUGUAGUGAUGGGUGAAGGCGAUGGUACGGUUAAUAUUCUGAGUACCGGUUUUAUGUGUGUUAAAGGUUGGAAACAACGUCGAUAUAAUCCUGCAAAUAUAUCAGUUGUCGUACAUGAAAUGCUUCACCAGCCUGACAGACUUGGUCUUCGUGGAGGUUCUAGGACUGCUGAUCAUGUUGAUAUCCUUGGGAGAUCUGAGUUAAAUGGAAGAAUUAAUACUUCGUAUAGUCUCCGGCAAUGGGAAUAUGAUAUUGGAAAAUAA